CUUUCUGAAACCAAAUGGGCAACCGCAAAUCGCAAAAUCGUACGCAGAGUGUAACUGACAUAUAUUAAACAAUAUUUUUCUUCGCUAAUAUCUUGCGUGAUUGAGAAACAGUGCACAUAAAGGAAUAAUUUAACCAGGAUUCAAUAGAAAGUUUGGGAUACACGAACUGUGAAGGCGAACAAGAGGAUAAAGAUAACGAGACGGGUAAAGAAAGGAAUAUAUGUCACAAACAUGUAGUGUGAGAGAAGGAAUAUUAUUAAAUUGUGUUUGUCGUGAUACAUGAGCAAUGGACGUUCAGCAUUUUUGGCUAGCGCAAAAUUGUGACAUAGUGUUUUCGGACCAAAAUGGAGGGAUUAGGCAACGAAAACAACGUUAUGUUCAGGCGGGAAAACGUUAUGGGAGGAGCAAGUCCAGCGGGCACGGGUCAAGAGCUAGCAGCAUCAAGUCUGGGCGAUCGUGCAAACUUUGUCAUAGGGCGUCUUGCGUGGAGCAUAAUGACUUCCGGUACCACAGGGAUAUUACCUGUGACUGUGACCGGAUUUUUACAGUAGAAGAUCAAACAGAGGAACACAAGAACGAUGUGUUCAAAGUUGGAUAUACCUCAGACGCAAGGGUGUGCAGUGACCAAACAUCUGACCAAAAGUGUAAACCAUGUAGGACACAAAGCAAACGAAAUGCGUCGUGUCAGAACAGUGUGCAACAUGGGUGUGUGAAUGACUCGAGAAGCUCAGUGAGAGUGUCUAAGUCGCGAUGCAGAUACGUUCUUGCUGCUAUAGUUGGGCUACUGGUGUUGGGUCUCUCAGUUGGUGCGGCUGUGAUAUUAGCUUUCAAAGUGUUCGACGCUGGCGAUCGGCACAAUGGUACAUUACGAUUAACAAAAGCAAAUGGUACAAACCUUACUACAGAAACUGAGUUUUGGUGGCUAGAGGGCUCUCUUGAUCUCAAACAGGACUUCCACCAAGAUCUGUACCAUCCCGAAACCAAGUUAUAUAAACAAGUUGCAGAGAGCUUUACAACGGAGAUUAACAGAAUCAUCAGGAACAGCCGAUUUUCCGCCGCUUAUGUUAGAAUAGGACUUCUAGGAUUUAGUCCAGGAAGUAUAAAAGUCCAGUUCAAGACACAGCACAACGAGAUGUAUAAACAGACAGCAGAAACUAAGCCCGACUACGCAGAUGCGCUUGAACGUUAUAUCCGAGAUGUGGCACGUAAUUCUAAACUACCCAUUGAUGGGGACACGGUACAUUUGGACGUGUCCCUUUCCCUUACUGACGAAGACAAAACAGCAUACAUACCACAUUUGCUCGAUUCUGGGACUUCAGUGCCCGCAUCUGUUACCAAAUAUUCAGGAAAGGACUAUGGACUGGGGCCUUCUAAGUUGACAUCACUAGAGAAAAAACAUCAUUUAAAUACAAAGAAACGUGAACUAUUUGAGUCUUCUUUACCCGAAGCAGAAACAGUAGGACAUGAACAUAACCUGUAUUCAUCGUUUGAACAAAUACUGGAAACUAGUAGUUAUUUAAGCCACGUCGUGAAUACUGAUGGAAGUAGGAAUGUUAUACCACCGACACCUUCACUCUUCACAAUAACUUCGACUCCUAUAUUGGAACUUACUACCUCAAUCAUAGUACAGGAAACGAAUUCCCAAGCUAUAACAAAAGUUGAAACAACUACAUUAAUGACUGCUGGAAAUCCAUACAAUCCUACCUCAAUUUUAAUAACCAAGGGAUCCGAUCCAACAACGAUUGAUAGAAACAAUAUCGUACCAAGCAGUGUCUCCAGGGAGGAAGUACAUGAGAAUAGUUCAGAAAUAAAAAUGUACAGCACGAAAAUAACACCAAGCAAAACUGUCAAUAUUUCCGAGAAAUAUUCUUCAUCGCAGGCUAUUGAAUUAUCCAGGAACAAUCAUACUAUUAUUGGUGAUGGAAAUACAACUGGUAAUGGCAGCAAUAAAACUGGUCAUGUCGGAGACACUGGCGAUGGCGAUGUAACGGGUGAAGGCAAUAACACAAAGGUAGCAGUAUCAACGGUAUCUUCCUCAAUACUUCAGAAGGAUAUCACGUUAUCCACAAACGCUCCUUCAUUUUUACCAUCGCCUUCGAGCAGUCCAGGGCGAAUAAAUGAAACAGAAUCUGCAAGAGCAGAGUCACAGACUAUACCGUACCACACAUCAACAAGUAAACUGAAUAAAGAACGACAUACGGACAAACUUGCAGUCAGUGGCCAUUCAACGGAGAUUGAGACACAUCAUGAAAAUGAAAAGUUAAGUUCAAAAGAUGUUCCCGAAGACCUUCAGCCAACAUUGUCUACCAGGGAUAUGUUUCCUAGUUUAUCAUCGACAGCAAUAAUGUCUUCAAUGAAUGAUCAAAAUCAGAACGGGAAAUACGUUAUGAAUAACGAUGCAUACAAUCAAACAAUGGCUCAAAACUUACAUUUGGAUCGAUUGAAAACAUCAUAUUUAGAAGAAACACGAAGCAGUAUUCCUACCAGCUUAUCGACUGAAAGAAUGCCACUGUCUACAGUAAAUGAUAAAAACCAAUAUAUACGACACGAUACGAUUGUGCCAACGAAAGUAGUAGAGUUCCAUUCGCCAGAAAGGAUGGUUUCAUCAACAUCAGCCGAGUUGGAAUCGUAUGUUCUAGAAACUGUUUCACACAAACCAAUCAAUGUGGGGUUGUCGUCUCAGACCAUUUUAAAUAUAGAGGAUAAUAGUGUGUCAAAAUCCAACUUAGACAGCACGCGUAAUGCGCCUCUGAACAUUGACGGAAGUACAUUCGUAGAGGAUAGAAGUGAAAUGAAUGAACCCAUGCUUAUUAAUGGGGUUAAUUCUUUGCCUUUUGAUGCCUCUAUAUCGUCCCUCCUUUAUGACAGUUUCAGUAGACAUGCAGAUACACAAUCAAAAUCCCAAGUUUAUACACGUACAACGGAAACGUCCGAAAGUAUAGAAAAUGGCAGUAUAAUCUACGCUCACACACGUUCGACUUCCUUCCACAUCCCUCAUUCGUCUGCGAUAAAAGAUCCUAGUCUUCUUGCAAGUUCGCAGACUGAAACAAGAGCGAUGUUCCAAACAAGCGUAAAGCAGGAAGAUAUUUCUACCGCAACAUUGAAACAAUGGCGCUCGGUUCAUCUUAAAAAGCACAUCAGCACAGUUGAUUUAAGUAGUGAUGCGACAGUUUCAUAUACGGAAAAGGGCAAAGACCUAAGGGAAAAUUCAACUGUUGAUAAGGUAUAUAUUAAUACUGCUGCAGAACUCCAAACAACGUCUGCAGGUUUGGCUGAUUUUAGCAGCAACGAAUAUUUAAUACCACCAACUGAACACACAAACAUGACAGAAAGAAUUUCUACCAUAACAACAGAAAGCAAGCAUUUAAUAACACCUGAUUUGAUACCUUCUGCAACCACAACCUUCGAAGAAAUACUGGCGACAAAGCCGAUUUCAGUUUUUACUACAGAGAAUAACAUUGUCAAAAGUAACUCAGAGUCACUAUCAACGAAUCAUGCUAUUGAAACGUUUUCAAAGUUGUCAAAUGCUAUUGUUGAAAAUAUUCCUGUAAAUGAAGUCAGUGAUAGUAAACCUGCUACUGUUUCGGACGAAUACUACAAGUUUAAUCAGAUAACGCGUGUUGAAGAGUUAUUAAACAAACCCGUUACUGAGCCAACUACCUUUCGUGGUAAAGAACACUCGAACAGCGUCGAAGGUAAUGCUAACAUUUACGGAACAGACAAAAAUACGAACUUGAAUAAAACACUUUCAACCAGCGAGUGCCGAGGAAAUGGAACGCAUGUAUCUGGGAAAUGGGUGAUGUCAACAGAAAUAUAUCAACAACCGUCUAAUGUCUUAAAAUCAGCAAAAAAUCUCACUGUUCAAACAAGCACAAAAGUAAAAAGCGGCCUGCAUGAGGAAAUUACCCAACCCACGACAACCCAUGUACAUGCUUUGGACGGAGAUAUAUCAACCAAUAUAUGCACUGAGUCGAUCGUAACGAAAGCUCCAGAUCAGCCACCUGUAGCCGACACAGGGAAAGAUGUAACAAUAACAUUACCAACUUCCACCGUCACGUUGGACGGUUCAGCCAGUCACGACGAUCACGCUAUCGUCAGUUACUUGUGGCAGAAGGUGUCCCCUGCUGGGGCAACUGUAGACAUGCGUGGAGCUCGGUCUGAAGUGUUAACAGUCUCCAAACUAACAGCGGGAGAAUACGUGUUCGGUUUGACCGUUACUGAUGAUCACGGACAACGUAGCCAUGAUACCGUCAAGGUUACGGUAAACGCAGAAUCAAGUUCGUCUUCGACAGGUCUAUGCGCGGCGGUGACUGUUGCUGUAUGUAGCUCAAAUGGCUUCACUCACACGGUCUUCCCGAACCUCAUCGGUCAGGAGAAUCAGACGGAGGCUGAGGCGAGCUUUAAUGCCGUCACUCGCAGUAUCAACAACCAACUGUGUCAAGAUCUGGCAUUCACGUACAUGUGCAGUGUUUAUUUUCCCGUGUGUGACCCAGCGACGGGGUACCAGAAAUAUCCAUGCAAGAAGUUGUGUGAAGAUGCAGUGAACAUCUGCGGGGACUACUUUCAUAAUCCGUUUCCAUGCGAGUACUUCAUGAACACAGACUGCGUUGCCAUGACAACGACAACACCUGCGCCGGCAACUACCACACCAAAACCUUCCUGUGAGAGAACCCUUCUAAAGGAUUGUCGCGCCAUCGGAUUCCUCUCUACACGUUUCCCAAACCACUUCUAUGAGCCUAAUCAGCAGGAUGCAAUAGACGCAUUUAAUGGGUUCUUUCGUGGCAUCAUUUCCGGCGCUUGCCAUAAAGAUGUAUUGUACUUCCUGUGCAGCAUUCAGUUUCCAAAAUGUGCAAAUGGUGUUCAGUAUAAGCCCUGCAGACAUUUGUGUCAAGAGGUGACGUCAUCCUGUCCAGAUAUAGCGCUGUUUUUCGACUGCAAUAGUUAUCCAGAAAUGGACUGCGUUAUCCCGCCAGCCAAGACAAUCGCUGCUCCCAGGACAAUAAAAAUAUGUGCACCGGACCAAUUUGAAUGUGAGAGAGUAAGCAAAUGUGUACAUAACUCGUACGUCUGCAAUGGAGCCAACGAUUGUGGCGAUUGGUCAGACGAAAUGGACUGUGUUUGUAACCAAUACCAGUUCCGUUGUGAUAUGGGGAUGUGUAUCAAAUCUUUCCAACGCUGUGACGGUACACCAAAUUGUCCAGAUAAUAGCGACGAGCACGACUGUGAUGGUUGUACCCACGGUCAAUUGAUGUGCCCUAGCGGAAAAUGUAUCAUGGCAGAGUGGCUCUGUGAUGGUCGUGCCGAGUGUGAGGAUGCGUGGGACGAAUCAAACUGUGAUACAUGCGGACGGAACCAGUUCAUGUGUAAAGACGAGCAUCGCACGUGCAUUCCACUGCGACAGAAAUGUGACGGCCACGUGGACUGUUCAGGAGGCUUCGAUGAAUUUGAAUGCAUCAGUGACGAGUACGGGAUGUUGCAACUCCCGCUACGAAAGGGGGAACUUCCGGUAUGUGCGGCCUCCUGGGAUGACCUUUACGGCAACUUCACAUGCGAUCUUCUGGGCAGAGGCUCCUAUAUAAACAAAACGGACGUGGAUUCAAACAUGCACACCCUGCUAAGUCUCUCACCGACCGGCAACUUUCCGUCCGUGCUUGGCGCCGUCAAAGUCACAUAUGAUUGUCCGGGAAAUAAAGCUGUACGAAUUAACUGUGAGCAGCAAUGUUGUGGGAAGCGUAUGGUUCCCAUGAGUCCCUAUAUAGUAAAUGGAGAAAAGGCCAAACCGGGAGCCUGGCCGUGGCACGCCGCAUUGUACUUCGGGAAUCAGUAUUUCUGCGGAGGAACCUUGAUAAACCACGAGUUUGUGUUGACUGCCGCGCAUUGUGUCGAACGUUACGAAGGAGAAUUUAGCCUGUUGACGGUGAAACUGGGUGCCAACAAUAGAGAAAGCAGGGAAACCACACAACGAGUUGUAAAGGUAGAAUCGAUCAAGUCACAUAAUGACCACGUGUAUUUUACGCGGAACGACAUAGCUCUUCUCCAGCUGGAGAGUCCCGUGGAAUAUACGCCCUACAUCCAGCCCGCUUGCCUGCCCGAGCCCGACGAGCCACUUCCGUUAUAUUCAACGUGUUUCACAGUAGGGUGGGGAAAAGUCAAAUGGGACGGCGAGUAUGCAGAGGUUCUUCAGCAGUUAAAGAUGACUCUCUGGGACACACAGAAAUGUAACAGCUCUAUAGCGUGGAACGGCGAGGUUUAUGACACAUUUCUCUGCGCUGGCUACUACUCGGGGAUAAGAUCAAUCUGCAAGGGCGACUCCGGUGGGCCCUUAAUAUGCCAGGACACUCAUCAGAAAUGGAAGGUAUGGGGCGUGGCAAGCUAUGUGGCUAACUUCUGUAACAUGACUGAGAGGCCUAACAUCUACACUGACGUCCGCAGGCUUCAUGGUUGGAUACAGAGUGUAACCGAGUGCAAGUUCCGCUGUGACAACGGCAAAUGUCUGUACAAGCGAGACUUCAUUUGUGACCGUGUAAACAAUUGUGGGGAUAACAGCGACGAAACAAGACUGUGUAAUCGGACGGUGCAGUGUAACUUCGACGACAAGUUCUUGUGCGGCUAUGAGUACAAAGGUUGGGCUGUGGGAAGCGACAAUAAACGUUCCAGUAGUACAGAGAUCGACGGGAUGCUCCACACAAUUAGCCACGCCCCACAGUUUGAUAAUACCCUCGGGAGGUAUCCAGGUCAAUUCUUCUACGGCAAACUGAAGACUGUUUCAGAAGCUCAGCUUCUUUCCCCACGGUUCACUGUGUACGGACAGACGUGCGUACGAUUCGCCUUCUACCUGCGUGGCAAGAUGUACAAUCAGAUAAGCCUAACCGUCAUGCUUCAAGAUUUCGUUAGGGGUACGGAACGGUAUCGCGAGUCGCGCCGAUGGCCACCAGUCAAUGCACUAGGAUAUGAGAGAGACGAAUGGCGAACAGGAUACUUUGACAUCAGCCAUGGAGAGUACCAGCUCAAAUUCAAAACUGGGGUGCUUCUUAAGUCUGCAGUUGACGAUGUGAAGCUCGUGCCGGGCAUGUGCGAGGAGACAUUAUGCGCUAGUGACGAGUUUUGGUGUCGUGGCAUUGGGGGAGAUUUGGACAAGUGCAUACCCCGAGAGUCCAACUGUAAUGUGGUGGUUGACUGCAAUAACUUUCAAGACGAGGAAAAAUGUACAGCAUCUCCCGAAAGCUACAUGUGCACGUUUGAGAACGGAAACCUGUGCGGUCUGCGACAGGAAGUAGGGGACGGUACGGACUGGUGGCUCGUCAACGCCUCAUUUAUCCAGAGAGAGAUAGACAAUCGACGCUUCCGGGAUCAUACGACAAACUCCAACGAAGGUCACCUGUUCUAUAUCAGCGCGUACGGGAUCCAAUCGAGCUCCCACAUCUACAUGUGGCAGUUGUUUUACCUUCACAGUGUCCAGUAUUGCUUCUCAUUCUACUACCAGAUGAGGGCGGACGUCUUCUUCAACAUAUACGUGGAUUGCAUUGACUGUUCACGUGAGACAUUUUUCGCUCAGCCGACAUUUGAGGAAAAGUGGACCCUCUUCCAACUAUCUUUACCUCAACGUGAAGUAGUCAAUAUAACUUAUGACGUCAUAGGUAACGUCAGGGAGAAUGUAGAUUACUUCCACGCAUUUAUUGCUAUGGACGACAUUCACGUCAAUCCUGGUCCUUGCCCUGCGUAUAAAUGUCCGGAAAACUACACGAAGUGUCGGACAACGGAUCGGUGUAUUCCGGACAGCGCGUUUUGUGAUAGGAAUGUCGAUUGUCUUGACGAAUUUGACGAAGUGAAUUGUGAAUGUCGUGAGGACGAGUUCCGUUGUGCUAGCGGACGGUGUGUGCCCCGGACUUUUAUGUGUGAUCGUACACCCCAGUGUCAGGACGGCACAGAUGAGGGGUCUGUUUGCAACGCACUUCAGUCGGUAAGCUGUACAUUUGAGCACCCGUACCUGUGCGGAUACGAGUUUAAGAAUAACACGGCGUACAAAUGGCGCCGUCACCAGGGACAGACGCCAACGCUUACCACAGGGCCUGAGUUCGAUCAUACAACCAAAUCGGACCGAGGCCACUAUCUCUACCCAGAAGCAAACGAAGGGAACAAGGGCGACAACGCGUCGGUUGUAUCCCCUGUAUUUACGACCGGAUAUCGCCAGUCGCUGGAGUUCUUUUAUCAUAUUUUCUCGGCCAAUCCAUUUGACACUAAAGCUGGGACGUUAAAGGCAUGGCUUACAGACGCUAUAACAGAAAAAGAGGUCGGUCCAAGUUGGAUGUCUGAUCCCAUGGAGCUAAACGACCGCUGGCUACGCGCAUGCGUGGAUUUACCUCCCCUAGCGAAAGUUCGUGCCUGGUUUACCGCCCUUCGUACCGAGCAAACGAUAUAUGGAGUCGACAUGGCGAUUGAUGAUGUGAAAUUAAACAACUAUAAAUGUGAUGAAGCACCGAAAAAUGUUGAGACAGCUGUUCAGCCAACUAUACCAGAAGGUCAAGGGAGCUGUGCCAGUGGCCAAUGGCAAUGUACAAACACGUAUCAAUGUGUGCCGCUGAAUUACCGGUGUGACGAUGAGGACGAUUGUCAAGACGGUACAGAUGAAGAUAACUGCGGGACGAACUGACGUCAUUAAUUCUUGGUGACUUGCGGAAGUGAAGUCACGAAGUUGUUUGCAUAGUUAAGGUUUGAAUUUCUGACGUCAUCAAACUUGAGCUAGUAAAGACAAGGAUAAAUGCGGAUGCCCAUUAUGGUAUCGAUUCACAGUUCGUUAUAGAGAAGUUGUUGUCGACAAUUAAAUGAUAAGAAAUUGAUAUGUAUUUAGCUUUUUGAAACUGAUCAAUUUCCUUCAACUGUUCGUAAAAGAUAGGUCACCUAAGACAAGUUUAUCAGGCGAAAUAUAUGGUCAUAUAUCAGCCAUGAAUUGUAAAAAGACUUGACAUGGGUCAGUUUCGAUGUACAUUUGUUUGUGAAGAAGGAAACACAUGUUGUAUGAGAAACACUAGUGUUUCACAUUGUUGAUUGUAUCAAGUGUAUUGAACUGUUUAGGCAAUAGCUGUAGAUUAGAUCUUCAUGAUUGUUAUCGUGUUUGUCUUUGUAACAAUUUCUAUUGAAAAGUUUUCGUUUUUGUUUCAUUAGUGUUAUGGAUUGUUGUUUAAAUUAAAUCCAUUCUUCUAAUAGUAUGUUCUUCCAAACAAAACAUUCAAGCAACAUUCUCUCUUGGGCCGUAUUCAAUAAGCAACUCCGAUUGAAAUUAAAUUUAAUAUUAGAAACUAAGUGUUUUAAUAGACCUGUAUAUUUAGCUGACCAAUAGGCUGAAUGUUAUCACUGAGGUCUAAGAAUAAGGAUAAAAUCAAUAUUGAAUACCGGCCCUUGUCAGAGAGCGACGGUUAGCCAAUAAAGAACUGGCAUUACACAUACCCCAAUGCUAGAUGAGUUACCCGCAACAACGCGCAACUUUUUAUUUCUUAAACUAUAUAGUUAGUGCAAAAUAACUAUAACGUUUCACUAGAGAGUUAAAUGUACAAACACAUGUUUUCGACUUCAUUUGUUUUAAAUGAAUAUUUAAGGUAUGCAAAAAAGUCAUAUGUUUCCGGUCGGUAUCCAAAAAAAAACGACCCUCGUGUACGCUGGGUGGCCGUUAACUCGUCAGGCCUCAUUACCGGCUGACGUAUGUGCCCUCGGGUCGGAUUUUUCCGGACCGGCAACACAUGGUAUAUCUAAUUAAUUUAUUGCUUACCUUCAAGUUGAGCAAAUAACAAUGGCAUUUUGUGCGAGUAACAUGUUCGGACGCAUUUGAAUCCUUGUGUACAUAUUCCGUCUAGUUAUUUCUCAUGUAUUCUGAUUAGUUUCGUGCUAUAUUUUAUUGCAGGACAAUAACAUUCUUAUAUCGGACUGUUUGCAUAGAAAUUGUUCUUACGAGUAUUCAGAUAAUGUUUCUUCUCUCUCUUCGACCUUUGGAUAAUAUUUGAUAUAUUUGGUAUUACAAAAUGUAGGUAAACUCACCAGUCGCCAAGUCAUUUUGUCGAGGGAUUCAAGUGAGGUUUGUCUGUUAAUCUACUUGUGCUUUCCUUUUUUUCCAAAAAAAAACACUAACGUUUAAAUAAUUGUAUUAGUUAAUGAAAGUUUGAUUGGCGACUGGCGAUAUUCUAUUGGUCAAUGAUGGUUUUAUUGACAACUGGCCAUAUUCUGUUGGUCAAUGAUAGUUUGGUUGGCUACUGGCGAUAUUAUGUUGGUCAAUGAUAGUUUGGUUGGCAACUGGCUAUAUUCUAUUGGUUAAUGAUAGUUUGAUUGACAACGGGCGAGAUUCUAUUGGUCAAUGAUAGUUUGAUUGACAACUGGCUAGACUUUAUUGGUCACUGAUAGUUUGAUUGGCAACUGGCGAUAUUCUAUUGGUCAAUUAUAGUUUCAUUGACAACUGUCGAUAUUCUAUUGGUCAAUUAUAGUUUGAUUGGCAACUGGCGAUAUUCUAUUGGUCGAUGAUAGUUUGAUUGACAACUGGCGAGACUCUAUUGUCAAUGAUAGUUUGAAUGACAACUGGCGAUAUUCUAUUGGUCAACUGACUGUUUAAUUGGCAACUGGCGAGACUCUAUUGGUCAAUGAUACUUUGAUUGACAACUGGCGAGACUCUAUUGGUCAAUGAUAGUUUGAUUGACAACCGGCUAGAUUCUAUUGGUUCAAUGAUAGUUUGACUGACAACUGGCGAGACUCUAUUGGUCAAUGAUAGUUUGAAUGACAACUGGCGAGACUCUAUUGGUCAAUUAUAGUUUGAUUGGCAACUGGCGAUAUUCUAUUGGUCAAUGAUAGUUUGAUUGACAACUGGUGAUAUUCUAUUGGUCAAUGAUAGUUUGAUUGACAACUGGCGAGACUCUAUUGGUCAAUGAUAGUUUGAAUGACAACUGGCGAUAUUCUAUUUGUCAACUGACUGUUUAAUUGACAACUGGCGAUAUUUUAUUGGUUAAUGAUAGUUUGAUUUACAACUGGCGAUGUUUAAUUUGUUCAAAUGACGUCUAACGACUAAUGAAGUAUACAUGUUGUUUGGACAUGGUUGAUCAUGGAUACAUAAAACAAUCGAUAAAAACAAUACAAUUAUAAUACUUAAUGAUGUAAACAUUUAUUAUAACGUUGUUUAGAGUUAUGAUAUAUAUUUAAACGUUUAUAUUAUCUAGACAUGUAGAUGUACAUGUAGUAAUAUGUAUUCAAAUAAAUUAGAUGCUUG